CUUGUUUUCCUGAAAAAAAUAAAUAAAUAUUUAUAUGUUUAUGUUUGCAUUAACGUAAUUUAUAAUCUGAAUGCGUUAGAAUCAGAACAUCGUUCAAGGAGGCAGCAUGUCAGAUCCAUGGGCGCAGAUUCAAGAGAUUAAGAGUAAAAGAAACAGCCUCAGAGAGAAGCUGCAGAAAAGAAAGAAGGAACGCCACGAUAUUUUAAAUGCUUCCUCUGGUUCGGAUUCCGUGCCGUCUCCGCUGUCGAAAACAAAAUCCUUGUCCGGUGAAGGCGGCGGUAGUAACGUCCCGUCUCCAGUGAGCCAAGUACAAGAUGAGGACGGGCCGGAGGAGGGGCGGAGCGACCCGCUGGUGGAGAAGCAGCUGCUGUGCUGCCUGUGCGAGGCGUCCCUCACGCUGCCCGCCAGCUCCCGGGGGCUGGCUGCCGCAGUGGGGCGCCGCCUGGGGCGUCCCGCCCGGCACCACGCCGUCUCCGACCUGCUGCUCAAGUUCGCCACGCAGCAGCUCAUCAGCGUGAAGGAGGGCACCAAGGACGGCAAGACGCACCUGGAGGUGGUGUCGGCGGAGCACACCAAGCUGGUGGCGAUGGCCCACGACCUGGCGACGGGCGGCGACGCGGCCGGCCGCAGGCGCCGGGGCGAGGCGGGCGCUCCGGGGGGCUCCGCCCCGGCCAAGCUGCCCCGGGCCGGCCCCGACAAGGAGGAGCGCAAGGAGAAGAAGAAGGACCCCAAGGCCGCCGACCUCAUGUCGCUGCUGUCCAUGCCGUCUAUUCGGGAGAAGGAGAACAAGAAGGUGGGGGAGGAGAUACUGGACCUUCUGAGCAAGCCAACAGCGAAGGAGCGAUCCCUGGCCGAGAGGUUCAGGUCACAAGGAGGCGCGCAGGUGAUGGAGUUCUGUCCGCACGGCACCAAGAUGGAGUGUGCCAAGUUCAGCUCAGCCUCGCCGUGCAAGAAGCUGCACUUCAAGAAGAUCAUCCAGAAGCACACGGACGAGUCGCUGGGGGACUGCUCCUUCCUCAACACCUGCUUCCACAUGGACACUUGCAAGUACGUCCACUACGAGGUGGAUGGGCCCACAGUUCAGUUCCCCAAGGAGGCGGUCGCGAAGAUGGAUGGUCUGGAGCCGAAGUCCCUGGCGUGCACCAAGCAGGACAUGACCAUCCUGUACCCCCCGCAGUGGGUGCAGUGCGACCUGCGCUACUUGGACAUGACCGUGCUGGGCAAGUUCGCGGUGAUCAUGGCGGACCCGCCCUGGGACAUCCACAUGGAGCUGCCGUACGGCACCAUGUCGGACGACGAGAUGCGGCAGCUGGGCAUCCCCAUGCUGCAGGACGAGGGGCUCAUAUUCCUCUGGGUGACCGGCAGGGCCAUGGAGUUGGGCCGGGAGUGCCUGAAGCUGUGGGGCUACGAGCGCGUCGACGAGAUCAUCUGGGUGAAGACCAAUCAGCUGCAGAGGAUCAUCCGCACCGGCAGGACGGGCCACUGGCUCAACCACGGCAAGGAGCACUGCCUCGUUGGUAUGAAGGGCAGUCCCGACAACCUCAACAGAGGACUGGACUGUGACGUGAUCGUAGCAGAGGUUCGAGCGACGAGCCAUAAACCAGACGAGAUCUACGGCAUAAUCGAGCGACUAUCGCCGGGAACACGCAAGAUAGAGCUGUUUGGACGUCCACACAACGUGCAGCCAAACUGGAUCACGCUGGGGAACCAGGUGGACGGAGUGCGAUUGGUCGACCCGGAGCUGAUCCAGGCCUUCAGGAAGCGCUACCCCGACGGCAACUGCAUGAUGCCGUCCAAGAACUGAAGGCUGCGUGCAGUGCUUGCGUGAACGUACAUCCCACGGCUUCCCGUGAGGAGACCAACACCUUUAUGUAUAGAAAUUUUUAUUUAAUUAAAACAGUUAAUUGUCUACACAUAAUUUUUUUUUAAUUGUGCAAGUGAGAAUGUAUGUGAACAUUUCUAAUUUUGUUCGGCGGCAAUUUUGGAAGAGAUGGAGAAUGGUAUGUCUCAUAUAUGUAUAAGUUGAUUAAAGGGUGAGUCCACCAAGCAUUCGUUGUUACUGGAAAGAUUGACACUUUAAUUUUAAUGUAGAGCUAAGUUUUUUUAUAUAUUCUGAAGGUGGUCUACAAAUAUAAAGUCGCUGAAGAAGAUUAAGGGGCUCGUGUACCUGGGACACAUGUGGUGUGUAAACUCCAUAAGACACCACGUGAUUUGUAACUGGCUCGUGGUGUCUAUUCAUGAAUGUGCUGAGGGCCGAUGGAUAGUUGUGUUCUGUAUUUUUUUUUUUGAGAAUAAUUAUUCAUUUUUAUACAUAAAACGCCUGGUAAAGAUGCUUGAAAACACCCAAGGGCUUUAGAUUACACCUUUAUCUUAAUUUCUCCGCCAUCUAAUGUUAUGAUUACCGCGCAAAUUUCAUAGUUGUCCUAUGCACCAUGAGAAGACUUGUGUGCCAGUUUAUUUCCUUGCACUCCUCUAAGGAGAUACCACGCCAGAAACACAGUGGAGCAUCACACUUAUCAUCCUGCCUCCUAACACAGAUACACCCCUGACUAGGCGGGCCCCUUAAAUAACCAAUAACAGAGCCUUAAGAUGGGCUGCACUCAACAGAUGAAAGAAAACCACAGUCGUUUAUAAAACAGGCAAGUCACAAUAUGUCACCAACCAUAACUUAAAAUUGUAAAACAGCUUAAAACUAAUUUCGUCUUAUGAUAAUUCAUAUUAAAAAUAAAGAAAUUGUCAAAUAUUUAAUUUAAAAUUUCUAUUUUCUAUCACUGUACUCUUUCUAAAACCAGCUUUUGACUACAUACGGAUGCUUUGCUAAUAUUAUGUAUUUUAAUUUCGUAGCUGUAGCUAUAUAGGUUUAAUGAAUAUGCUCUGUAAAGACUUAUACAUAUAAACAAAAUUAACAUGGAUUAAGAAUAAAGAAUAAGUAGAACCUUCGCUUUCCACAGAGAAAAUAUUUGCUUGAAACAUACUAAGGACUAUUAACAACUAAGUAAAAAAAAAAAAACUAAAAAAAAAAAGUUCUUAAAUAAAUCUAAAUAUAUCACAGCCAGUAUUACAGAAGUUUUGCCCAUGAAACAAAAAUUUUUCAUUUCUGUUAAGCCAUUUGAAUGUCCUUAUUGCUACUGCACAAAAAAAUAAAAAUUCAACUUUUGGUAGCUAAUUAUGCAAAAAGUAUGCAACAGGAUUUUUUUAAAGUUAAACCACAAAAAAAAGUUUACAAGUUUGUGUUGGUGUUGCCAUAGACUCAUACUUAUGUAUAUAACGUAUAUUGAGUUAUAUCUCCAUGAUUAAUUUUAUUGUUUAGUUUCAAUUCAAUUGUUUCAGUUGGGUUUGUGAAUUAAUUAACACAAACGUUCUACUCACAAAAUAGUCCACACUAUUUUAAUUACUCUAUUAGUGUCUGCAAGUGACAGAAUGUUUUGAAACUGUUCCAAGUGCACAUCUUAAUAUUGCAUCAUAACAAAUCUCUUUGAUCUAGCCAUGGAAGAAGUGGCACAAACCACUGACGCUCCAACUCGAGUGGGGUCCAGCACGUCCCUCUUCCAGGCGGUGUGGGGGCGGGUCUUCGGCAACAGAACUGUCCCGGCGAACGUGCAGACUCCUAGCACGCCUGACAGCGAGGAAUACAGACACAUGGAGCAACUGCUCCGGAACAAGUAUGUUUACGUAAUAGAGAACAUGUGCAUCCACCGCGUGCCUUUCCUCGAGGUGGCCACCGACGAAGACAUCGCGGAGUGGUGGAGGGGGCAUCAGGAGACCGCUGCGGACCUGCGCUGACAGCAGGUGCCGCGACAGAAGCACAGUGGGAUGGCGAGGGUCGGUCAAUCAACGUCGUUUUUAUGGUGUCAAACUAAGUUACUUACAUAAAUAAAAAGCAAGUAUAAUGUUUCAGGUCCCUAAAAAAAUUUAGCCACAAAAAUUUAUAAAAAACAUAAGCUUAAUUAUUGUAUUGUAUGUUCAAAUGCAUGUAAUAUUUUUGAAAACUUGAUGUAUAUUGAAAUUUAAAUUUUUAAAAAAUCAAA